UAAUCGAAUAGUGGUAGAAAUAGUCGAAAUAUCGAAUUUUUAAAAUCAUUCGAAUUUUGGUUGUUCUUGUUCAACAUUUUGACAUUUUGAGAUAUUUUCGAUUCGAUUUUUGUAUAAAUAUAAGACCGUCAACUUUAAUUGCAAAAUUAUAAAACGACUUUGAAUCAAGAAUCGAUCGAUUUUUUCUUUCGUUCGUUGUGUUGGAUGGUGGUGUACCUAAUCAAUAAAGUUUUUCUAGUCUUUUAAAUUGAAAACCAAUAUUAUUUUUGUUUGAAAAAAUGUCAUCAAAUCAUUCAACAAUGAAACCAAUGAAAGUAAAAACAAAACGUUUCAAACCAAAACAUCAGAAAGCAAAAUUAUUUCGUGCAUCUGAACCAUUGUUUUCGGUAUUUAUGUGGGGUAUUAAUCAUACAAUCAAUGAAUUAACACAUGUAAACACACCAGUAAUGUUAAUGCCCGAUGAUUUUAAAGCAUAUACCAAAGUAAAAAUUGAUAAUCAUUGUUUUAAUAAGGAAAAUAUGCCUUCACAUUUUAAAGUAAAAGAAUAUUGUCCACUCGUCUUUCAAAAUCUACGUGAACGAUUUCAUAUUGACGAUGUUGAUUAUAUGAAUUCAUUGACUAAACAUCAACCACGUGAACAUCUUGUAUCGGGUAAAACAAGUACAAAAUUUUAUGAAUCAUAUGAUCGAUUAUUUUUGUUGAAAAUAUUGACCACUGAAGAAGUAGAAUCAAUGCAUCAUCUAUUAAAAGAAUAUCAUCCAUACAUAGUGGAAAGACAUGGUAAAACAUUAUUGCCACAAUAUUUAGGCAUGUAUCGUAUUACUGUUGAUGGUGCGGAAACCUAUAUAUGUGUAAUGCGAAACAUUUGUUCAUCACAAUUUAUCAAUGUUCACCGAAUCUAUGAUCUCAAAGGCUCGACUGUCGAUCGUGAAGCAAGCGAAAAAGAUAAAACACUUGAUGUUCCCAUUUACAAGGAUAAUGAUUUUACUCGAGAUGGUGUCCGAAUAUAUGCUGAUGAAGAAUGGAAAAAGAAAUUCUUCGAAAUGCUUGAAGCAGACACUACGUUUUUGAUGAGAAAGAACAUCAUGGACUAUUCGCUUUGUGUUGCUAUUCAUGAUUGUGAACGAGCCGAACAAGAAGCACAACAACGUCAAGCCGAUGGCCUCACAUCGCAAUUCAGUGCUGAAGACGAAGAAGCCGAAACAAGUGGUGAUAAUUGUUGCCAAGAUCAAGGACCAAAUUCGAUGCUUUCACCUCCUGAUUCACCGGAAUCUCAAUCACAACCAAAAAUGUCGGCCGAUUCGGACAAUUUUCUUAUUUAUUCCAGUGAGAAUGCUAUCGAUCCAUCCAGGGACAUUUAUGCUGUCAUUGCUACCAAAGAAUCGCCAAGGCGAGAAAUCUAUUUUAUCGGCAUAGUCGAUAUUCUUACACAAUUCGGUAUUCGUAAACGUACGGCAUUAGCAGCCAAAACGGUUAAACAUGGAACGACGGCUGAAAUAUCAACAGUCCAUCCAGAACAAUAUGCCAAACGUUUUUGUGAAUUUAUCACUAAAGUGAUUCAAUAGUCCACCAUUCACAUCAUAUUUCAUCAACAUUAUUUCUGCACAGUAGCUACGCAUAGAUGAAAAAAAAAGAUUGGCUCAUUUCGACCAAAACCAUAACCAUCAUCACAUCCAUCAAUUAUCCAUAUUAUUGGCCACAGAUCAACAUACAUUCAUUCAAAGACAUUUCAUUUCAUUUCAUUUUUUUCAAAAAUGUACAGAUCAAAAAAAAAAUAAUUCAAU